AUGCACCUCUUUAACCAUGCUCCUAUCUUUGUGGAUAUCCCAAUUUCGUAUUCAUCCAUUUCCUUUUCUUCUUGUGAAAACAUUUUGAUGAGGGGUUUGUUUGCAAUCAUGACGCUUAUGUUUCAUGUUCAUGGAAUCCCACAAGAAAAAGAUCAAAACUUCAUAGAAACGAUUUGCAGUAACACCCCGUGUUAUCAACUAUGCAUAUCUACUCUUAGAGCAGAUCCCACAAGUAUCAAAGAAGAUGCAGUAGGUCUUGGUCUUAUAAUGGUGGCCGCUGUGAAAGCCAAGGCCAAAGAAACGAUGAAAGCCAUUAAAAACUCAGGGCUUCCAGACCCGACCUCAAAGAUGCAUUGCAUGAUUGUUCUGAGAGGUACAACGCGAUUUUGGUGA